AUGGCAUCGCUUGACGUCGCUAACGCCUCGACAUACUUGUCAACAUCUAGCAUUACCUGUGACACCGGCUAUUUGACGUCAAUUGACGUCAUUAUUUGUCAGUCUGAUGACUGCCUUGACCCUACUCCAUCAAACGGUCAAACCCAGGCACCCAAGGGUACAACCUACGGGGAAGUGGCGUUCGUGUCAUGUGACGUUGGGUAUACGUUAGUUGGCGACAGAUUCAUUGGCUGUCUGGCGUCUGGCAACUGGAGUCAUUAUCCCACUUGUGUUUUACGCGAUUGCGCUGAUCCGACCCCUGUGUAUGGGUCAUCCAACUACUCCUCAUCACGGUACGGCACUGUUGUACAAGUGACAUGUCAUCCUGGGUAUGAGAUCGGGGGAUCCGCACUGUUGAUCUGUCUGUCUUCUGGCAUGUGGGACCACGUGUCAUCAUGUGUACCUGCAGAUUGUGGCGACCCCACACCCGACCAUGGCACGGCUGUGUACACGGUCACUACUCUAGGAGCCUCUGUCAACUAUACAUGCGAUGCAGGCUAUGAUCUGGUUGGCAGUGCUACAUCGACUUGUACUGCAACCGGCUGGUAUACAACACCACAAUGUAUUGUGAAAGACUGCGGGGCACAAACUGUGUUAAAUGGAACGCUAGAAACUCCAGGUGGCACCAAAUAUGGAGCUGUGGCCAUUGUGGUAUGCGACACGGGAUUUGAGGUCGGCGGAGAUACCCUGAUAACGUAUUGCAAAGAUCCGAAGCCAGUCAAUGGUCAUUCCAAUGCAACGACCUUUCAAUACGGUUCUGUGGUUGAGAUCAACUGUAGCGCCGGCUAUAACCUUUCUGGUCGUUCUGUUAUCACGUGUGGAGAGUACGGCGUGUGGUCCGAGAAUCCGAUAUGCGACCCUUCAGAUUGUGGAAAUCCUACACCCAAGAACGGCAUUGCCUCAUACACAGACACAACUCUGGAUGCAGUGGCUUUACUGUCAUGUAACGAUGGAUAUAAUAAUAACGGCAAGUCGGUGAUUGAAUGCCUUACUACUGGGAAAUGGAACGAAAGUGCCAAUUGUACCAUCAAAGAUUGUAGUGAUCCCUCGCCUCUGAACGGCGAUGUAAACGUGACCAAUUUCGAGUUUGCGACAGUUGUCAACGUGAGUUGUUCUGAUGGAUAUACAGUUGUUGGCACGGCUGAGAUUACAUGUGGCAGUGAUGGAACAUGGACCGACAAUCCUGUCUGUGACCCUUUAGACUGCGGGGAAAAACUUGUAUCCAAUGGCUAUGCAGAAUCGCCGAGUGGCACUAAAUAUGGAGCUGUGGCCAUUGUGAUUUGUCAUACGGGAUAUGAGGUCGGGGGAGAUACGUUAAUAACAUGUCGAGAAAAUGGCACCUGGGGUGGUGAAGCUCUUUGUAAUAUCACAUACUGUAAAAAUCCAACACCAGUAAACGGUAAUUCGAAUACAACGACUUUCGAGUAUGGUUCUGUGGUGGAAGUGAACUGUGUCGCCGGCUAUAACAUCACAGGUCCAUCAGUUAUCACGUGUGAAGAAUAUGGCAAGUGGUCCGACAAUCCAACAUGUGCUCCGUCCGAUUGUAGUGAUCCAUCGCCUCUGAACGGCGAUGUAAACGUGACCACCUUCGAGUUUGGGACAGUGGCCAACGUGAGUUGUUCUGAUGGUUAUACAAUUGUUGGCACGGCUGAGAUUACAUGUGGCAGUGAUGGAACAUGGACCGACAAUCCUGUCUGUGACCCUUUAGACUGCGGGGAAAAACUUGUAUCCAAUGGCUAUGCAGAAUCGCCGAGUGGCACUAAAUAUGGAGCUGUGGCCAUUGUGAUUUGUCAUACGGGAUAUGAGGUCGGGGGAGAUACGUUAAUAACAUGUCGAGAAAAUGGCACCUGGAGUGAUGAAGCUCUUUGUAAUAUCACAUACUGUAAAAAUCCAACACCAGUAAACGGUAAUUCGAAUACAACGACUUUCGAGUAUGGUUCUGUAGUGGAAGUGAACUGUGUUUCCGGCUAUAACAUCACAGGUCCAUCAGUUAUCACGUGUGAAGAAUAUGGCAAGUGGUCCGACAAUCCAACAUGUGAUCCGUCAGAUUGUAGUGAUCCCUCGCCUCUGAACGGCGAUGUAAACGUGACCAAUUUCGAGUUUGCGACAGUUGUCAACACUGCGGGGAAAAACUUGUAUCCAAUGGAUUGUAGUGAUCCAUCGCCUCUGAACGGCGAUGUAAACGUGACCACCUUCGAGUUUGGGACAGUGGCCAACGUGAGUUGUUCUGAUGGUUAUACAAUUGUUGGCACGGCUGAGAUUACAUGUGGCAGUGAUGGAACAUGGACCGACAAUCCUGUCUGUGACCCUUUAGACUGCGGGGAAAAACUUGUAUCCAAUGGCUAUGCAGAAUCGCCGAGUGGCACUAAAUAUGGAGCUGUGGCCAUUGUGAUUUGUCAUACGGGAUAUGAGGUCGGGGGAGAUACGUUAAUAACAUGUCGAGAAAAUGGCACCUGGAGUGAUGAAGCUCUUUGUAAUAUCACAUACUGUAAAAAUCCAACACCAGUAAACGGUAAUUCGAAUACAACGACUUUCGAGUAUGGUUCUGUAGUGGAAGUGAACUGUGUUUCCGGCUAUAACAUCACAGGUCCAUCAGUUAUCACGUGUGAAGAAUAUGGCAAGUGGUCCGACAAUCCAACAUGUGAUCCGUCAGAUUGUAGUGAUCCAUCGCCUCUGAACGGCGAUGUAAACGUGACCACCUUCGAGUUUGGGACAGUGGCCAACGUGAGUUGUUCUGAUGGUUAUACAAUUGUUGGCACGGCUGAGAUUACAUGUGGCAGUGAUGGAACAUGGACCGACAAUCCUGUCUGUGACCCUUUAGACUGCGGGGAAAAACUUGUAUCCAAUGGCUAUGCAGAAUCGCCGAGUGGCACUAAAUAUGGAGCUGUGGCCAUUGUGAUUUGUCAUACGGGAUAUGAGGUCGGGGGAGAUACGUUAAUAACAUGUCGAGAAAAUGGCACCUGGAGUGAUGAAGCUCUUUGUAAUAUCACAUACUGUAAAGAUCCAAAACCAGUAAACGGUAAUUCGAAUACAACGACUUUCGAGUAUGGUUCUGUAGUGGAAGUGAACUGUGUUUCCGGCUAUAGCAUCACAGGUCCAUCAGUUAUCACGUGUGAAGAAUAUGGCAAGUGGUCCGACAAUCCAACAUGUGAUCCGUCAGACUGCGGGGAAAAACUUGUAUCCAAUGGCUAUGCAGAAUCGCCGAGUGGCACUAAAUAUGGAGCUGUGGCCAUUGUGAUUUGUCAUACGGGAUAUGAGGUCGGGGGAGAUACGUUAAUAACAUGUCGAGAAAAUGGCACCUGGAGUGAUGAAGCUCUUUGUAAUAUCACAUGUCCAUCAGUUAUCACGUGUGAAGAAUAUGGCAAGUGGUCCGACAAUCCAACAUGUGAUCCGUCAGAUUGUAGUGAUCCAUCGCCUCUGAACGGCGAUGUAAACGUGACCACCUUCGAGUUUGGGACAGUGGCCAACGUGAGUUGUUCUGAUGGUUAUACAAUUGUUGGCACGGCUGAGAUUACAUGUGGCAGUGAUGGAACAUGGACCGACAAUCCUGUCUGUGACCCUUUAGACUGCGGGGAAAAACUUGUAUCCAAUGGCUAUGCAGAAUCGCCGAGUGGCACUAAAUAUGGAGCUGUGGCCAUUGUGAUUUGUCAUACGGGAUAUGAGGUCGGGGGAGAUACGUUAAUAACAUGUCGAGAAAAUGGCACCUGGAGUGAUGAAGCUCUUUGUAAUAUCACAUGUCCAUCAGUUAUCACGUGUGAAGAAUAUGGCAAGUGGUCCGACAAUCCAACAUGUGAUCCGUCAGAUUGUAGUGAUCCAUCGCCUCUGAACGGCGAUGUAAACGUGACCACCUUCGAGUUUGGGACAGUGGCCAACGUGAGUUGUUCUGAUGGUUAUACAAUUGUUGGCACGGCUGAGAUUACAUGUGGCAGUGAUGGAACAUGGACCGACAAUCCUGUCUGUGACCCUUUAGACUGCGGGGAAAAACUUGUAUCCAAUGGCUAUGCAGAAUCGCCGAGUGGCACUAAAUAUGGAGCUGUGGCCAUUGUGAUUUGUCAUACGGGAUAUGAGGUCGGGGGAGAUACGUUAAUAACAUGUCGAGAAAAUGGCACCUGGAGUGAUGAAGCUCUUUGUAAUAUCACAUGUCCAUCAGUUAUCACGUGUGAAGAAUAUGGCAAGUGGUCCGACAAUCCAACAUGUGAUCCGUCAGAUUGUAGUGAUCCAUCGCCUCUGAACGGCGAUGUAAACGUGACCACCUUCGAGUUUGGGACAGUGGCCAACGUGAGUUGUUCUGAUGGUUAUACAAUUGUUGGCACGGCUGAGAUUACAUGUGGCAGUGAUGGAACAUGGACCGACAAUCCUGUCUGUGACCCUUUAGACUGCGGGGAAAAACUUGUAUCCAAUGGCUAUGCAGAAUCGCCGAGUGGCACUAAAUAUGGAGCUGUGGCCAUUGUGAUUUGUCAUACGGGAUAUGAGGUCGGGGGAGAUACGUUAAUAACAUGUCGAGAAAAUGGCACCUGGAGUGAUGAAGCUCUUUGUAAUAUCACAUGUCCAUCAGUUAUCACGUGUGAAGAAUAUGGCAAGUGGUCCGACAAUCCAACAUGUGAUCCGUCAGAUUGUAGUGAUCCAUCGCCUCUGAACGGCGAUGUAAACGUGACCACCUUCGAGUUUGGGACAGUGGCCAACGUGAGUUGUUCUGAUGGUUAUACAAUUGUUGGCACGGCUGAGAUUACAUGUGGCAGUGAUGGAACAUGGACCGACAAUCCUGUCUGUGACCCUUUAGACUGCGGGGAAAAACUUGUAUCCAAUGGCUAUGCAGAAUCGCCGAGUGGCACUAAAUAUGGAGCUGUGGCCAUUGUGAUUUGUCAUACGGGAUAUGAGGUCGGGGGAGAUACGUUAAUAACAUGUCGAGAAAAUGGCACCUGGAGUGAUGAAGCUCUUUGUAAUAUCACAUGUCCAUCAGUUAUCACGUGUGAAGAAUAUGGCAAGUGGUCCGACAAUCCAACAUGUGAUCCGUCAGAUUGUAGUGAUCCAUCGCCUCUGAACGGCGAUGUAAACGUGACCACCUUCGAGUUUGGGACAGUGGCCAACGUGAGUUGUUCUGAUGGUUAUACAAUUGUUGGCACGGCUGAGAUUACAUGUGGCACUGAUGGAACAUGGACCGACAAUCCUGUCUGUGACCCUUUAGACUGCGGGGAAAAACUUGUAUCCAAUGGCUAUGCAGAAUCGCCGAGUGGCACUAAAUAUGGAGCUGUGGCCAUUGUGAUUUGUCAUACGGGAUAUGAGGUCGGGGGAGAAACGUUAAUAACAUGUCGAGAAAAUGGCACCUGGAGUGAUGAAGCUCUUUGUAAUAUCACAUGUCCAUCAGUUAUUACGUGUGAAGAAUAUGGCAAGUGGUCCGACAAUCCAACAUGUGAUCCGUCAGAUUGUAGUGAUCCAUCGCCUCUGAACGGCGAUGUAAACGUGACCACCUUCGAGUUUGGGACAGUGGCCAACACUGCGGGGAAAAACUUGUAUCCAAUGGCUAUGCAGAAUCGCCGAGUGGCACUAAAUAUGGAGCUGUGGCCAUUGUGA